GACAAAGCUGCUGGUUGUCUGGACAACGCUUUUCGACUACAUCGUUAAAUCUCACAGGAGGAGAUUUUAUGAAAAAUUAAACCUCGUUUGCUUUGUUAGUUAGUUAGUUACUCCUGUCAGUCACAUACCGAGAUGCCCGGGGAUGAUAUAGGUGGAUAACACGAGUUGUUGGCUGGCUAAGACGAGCGAUUCAUGAAUGUAAUGACGAUGGCGGUCCCUUUAUGGGCUCUCUCCCUACCGCUUCCUGCCAUUGUCAUGAUCUCGAUUGGACUCUAUAUGUUAUUCCUUGCGGGUGUCUUAUGGUGUCAUCACUGUCUGAAGGCGCAGUACGACCCUCAGUGUACAAACUGCUGCCCCAGUGUAUCUCCUUUUGAAUACUGUCACAUGUGUGCUCAGUCAUGUGACUGCCGUCCUCCAUCCCUGCACAGCUGCCUUGACUACUCCUGCCCAUCUCCAAAUUGUAUGAUGUGGGACUGUGCCUGCACCUGCCAGCCACCAGAGUGCGACUCAAUCAACUGCUUCUGCUUCGAGAUCAAGUUCAAAUAGGGAGAAGUGGGAGAGGACAGGGUGGGUGCAAAAGCAAAAGUUGUCACAAUAGAAAAUACACACGGUCACGUGUGAAGGUUUGUUGUUGACAUUUGUUUUCAGAAAUGCUUUUGUGCUUCAUGUUUACAGCAGUUAAAUGAUUUUGUUGUCCUGUUGUUGCAAACACAUUACUGGUUUUUUUUUUUUUUUUUUUUUUUUUGUGUAACUGAGCGUUACAUGUAGACCUAAUCUAACUUAACCUGAUGGGGCCUUUUGAAAAAUGAGCUUAGAAGAUUGCUCACUCCUGAUGUGAGGCUUAUCAACAAAGUGAGUCAAGAAGAAAUGACACAUUCUGUCUGUGCUGAGAAAACCACAAGUAGAUGUUCAGCAAUUACCAAUAUUCGGCAAGUUAUUCUACCACUGCUGAAUUUUCUACCAUUUGUACUCGCCUUAAAAUGUAUAUUUAAAUGUACAAGCAAAACUUUUUGUCGUGUUCCUUCUGGUUUCUGAUAAAGUGCUGCAUUGAUGGUCUGGUGCUCAAAGAAAGUAAAUACUUGAAACAGGGUCAACGUAUGGGGCCUUAUUUGUUUUUUGUGUGUUGAGAGGCUUUUUUUUGGGACCCCAGAAAGAUUUAAUCAACAGAUCCUCUCAGUAGUCACUUACAGUGUGUACUAUAUUGGAUACGCCAGAUUAGGAUUGUGUCCCAUCUGUUGUGAUAAUGUUAGUUUAUUCAUCAAGUAUCAGUUUUUAACAUGUAACUUUGGUGUAAAACUUUUAAAAUUUUUAUAUUUAUAUGCA